AUGUCUACCAGAUACGCUCUUGUUUCUCUGCCGCUUGGCAUCUUCGACUCUAGCGAUAAAGAAGACGCCAUCGCCUCUCUUAACGCUACCAUCUCGCCCGAGAAUGGCAAUGUCCGACCUUUCAACAUACCCGAUUUCAAAAUUGGCACCCUAGAUGCCUUAGUCCAGCAAGCUGAUGACCUCGCCAAAUUGGAAUCUACCUGUGAGGCCGUCGUUGCCAAAGUUGCUGACUCUUUGAAAUCGAUACUUGAUGGCGACGAGGACAAGAUCUCCCAGCAGAAGAUGGUCAAUGACAGUGAGACAUACUCAACCCCUCCUCCCCCAAAUGCCCCUGCUGCACCACUUGCGGUCUCGAAAUCUAGGAAGCUGACCAGUCGUCAGGAACUCUUUACCACCGACAACGACGUCAAGAGCAAGUUCAACCAGUAUAACUCAGUUAAGACAAACUUCACCACUCUACAGCGCAAGCAGACGUACGCGCUCCUGUUCCAUGGCAGUGGCAACCUUGCGACCAAGUCCCUUACCCCUGUCGUUGAUCCAGCGCUGCUCAUCCAGGAUUCUGAAUACCUCGAGACGCAUCUAAUCGUUGUACCGAACAACGCGAAGAAAGAUUUCUUGCGAAGUUAUGAAACACUGGCACCGAUGGUCGUUCCCCGCUCUGCCGUACAAGUUGCUUCCGACGAAGAGUUCACCUUGUUUGCCGCUACAGCGUUCAAGAAACAUAGUGCCGAAUUCCUACAAAAGUGCCGCGAGCAGAAGUGGACCCCACGUCAGUACAAGUAUGUCGAGGGCGGCAAAGAGGAGGAGCAGCGCGAGCUCGACCGGGUGGCUCGCGAAGAGAAAAAGACAUGGGGCGAAGCUUUGAGAAUUGGCCGGACUGGCUGGAGCGAGAGUGUCAUGAUCUGGCUGCAUGUGCUUGCACUGCGCGUGUUCGUUGAAGCAGUGCUUCGCUACGGACUCCCGCUCGACUACGUUAGUGUCCUCGUCAAGACAAAUUCGAAGCUGGCCAAGAAGGUCAAGACUGCAUUGGACUCCAACUACUCGUAUUUGGGUGGUAACGCUUUUGGGAGAGACAAGCGUGGCAAGAUCACCAAGGAUGACGCAACAUUGUCCUCCGAGAUGGCGGCGGCUGGCUUGGGUGGAGGUGAGGGCCAUGAGUACACGGCCUAUGUGUACUAUGAAUUCGACUUCCCCUAA